CAGAUGUUUUCAGUUCAGAUAGAAAAUUGUGCAUCUUCAAUAACAAGGUAAAAUAAAUAAAUAGAAGAGUAUUUUAAUCAAAAACGACUUAAAUAAAUCAAAAUCAAUAAAUAUUGUGCAUUUCUGGACGCCAGUAUUACAUAAUCAAGUUGUUUAAAUAAAAUGGCUCUAGGACUCUCGCAUGAAGAGACCCUCAAACGCUAUCUCUACACCUGCAGUUACUACGGUGCUUUUAUAACGGGAAACCCCGACAAACACUUCGGCAAUUCCACUGGACGUCUUACUUUUCGCUGGGCGAAGACAGCCCCCGAAGAGUUCGUCAAGAUCAUAACAACCGUCAGUGAAGAUGCUCUAUUAGUGAGACGCUCGAAUUUUUUCUAUUUACUGGCUGAAGGUUUACUCGAUAAAGAGGUACCAAGCGAAUUAAAGGCCGAAAUAAAGAAACUCGUUUUUAAAUUGAUCAAAACCGACCAAGAUUUUUUCGAUUUUAUUAAAUUUUACACGACACUACGAACCAAUAAACCAAAAAUAUCAACGACUUUGCGAAAAAUGAUUAUUAAGUUUUACCAAAACAAGGAACCGAAAGAGUUUGCCGAAACUGUGGCCAGACAGGAGAGUUAUCAUGGGUGGACGCAUAAGGAUCUCAUCAAAUUGACUCACUUUAAAUGCAAUAAUGUGGCGUGUGAACCGAUCAUGAAGUACGUCCUUUACGGCAUCGACCAGCUUCCCGAAGGCUCAGAUGAGACCUCAAAAUCCAUAAUCGAGUAUUUGAAAAAAUCCCACGAAUUGCGAACGACCGAAGACGUAGCCAAAGCUACCUCUCUUAUCAAAGAACUUCACGUCACUGUCGACCGUGUUAAUUCGAAAUUAAACAAAACCGAAGAAGUUUGGUUGGCAGCAAUUCCCGAAAUGACCACCCGUGAAGUUCUACAGUGCCUCUACCGAUUUUACAAAUUUGGUUUUUUUAAAGCUGGAAGCCAGUUUCAGGCAAAAAUUUGCGAAGCUUUGUCUGACGCUGAGAAAAUCAAAAAGUGCAAUUUGCAUCCGGUUGAAGUGUUCAUUUAUUUGAAGUUUUUCGAAAAAGGGGGAAAAACAAUGGACCCCAAGCUACUCGAAUACUUACAAAAGAAGGAAAUCAGGGAGGAAACCUUGAAACGAUUAACAACUCCGUCAGAACCCAAGUGCAAACCCGUCUUUCAGAGUAUUAACAAAUGUCUCAAACUGUCAUACGACAACGUCCAGCCAACUGGGAAAAGAUACAUGGUGACAAUCGACGUGACCGAAAAAACCGAAACAGUGUGUUUUCAUAACAAGCGAAUACCGUGUCUGGAAGCAGCCGUCGCGAUUAUACGAUUUUUGUCGAAAGUCGAGCGAAACGUCACCGUUGCUGUCUUCAAAGACAGUCAAAUCAACUUCGUCGACAUCAGCAAAUCUCACUCUGCCGUUGACAAGUUAUUCGAACACAAGUCGGCCUAUAUUUCGCCCAGCGCCCCCCUUGAUUGGGCCCGCAAUAAAAAGAAACAAAUCGACGUUUUCAUCAAUUUCAUGAGCUCGAACUGGCAGGCAAACGUCCCGCCAGAAAUCAAGGAAAAAAUGGAGAAAGUGACCGAAGCUUUGAGCAAAUACUCGAAGAAAAUGCAAUCACCGGAAACCCGUUUGGUGAAGAUCUAUCUAGAUGGCGCUGGGGGCGCGUUUGGUGAGAACACCAAGAAUAUACUGUCCAUAGCCGGCUUCAGCGUUGAUGUUCCUAAAGUAUUGGAAGCGUUCUGUAGAGGGCGCUUCUGUUGAAAAUUCUCGACUGUUUUCCCUCCUACAAGUGUUCAGUCAAAUCGACGAUAUUUUUUUUAUAAUUGAUUUUACGCGAGCGAAACUUUCGAAAUCCUGAAUGUUUUAGGUGUAAUUUUAGUUAUAUUUAACAAAUAACUUUUCUAGCGAAUAUUUACGAACUGAUCUGGACCGUUUGAUGUUGCGUAGUUAGGUUUUUAUGUUUUCUUUAAUUAAGUUACCAAAUUUCGCUUCAUGUUUGUUUAGCAGAGAUUCCAUGACUCUUUCAAUAAUAAAUCUGGGUGCCUUUGGAGAGUUUGGAAGUCUGUUUAGUGAUUAGUUGUAUUGACAGGUUCAGUGUCCUGAUUAUUUUAACGCACAAUCGGAUUAUUGGACUUGGUUUUGUUAGGUUAGUUUUUUUAAACUAAAUCUCAUGGUUAUCGACUUACCUACUGAUAAAUUGUCUGUGAAUGCAUUUUUGAAAUAUCGUUAAAUUUGCUAUUUAUUACGGUUAGAAUUGGUUUUUAUUUAUUUUUGAUACACUUAUGUAUGACACACAAUGAUUUACAAUUCCUGUAUGUUUUGGAAAAAUAAUAAAAAUUUACAAGGA